AUGAUGAUGCGAGGUGUAUUGUAUCUUCUGGCUUUGAUUCUCAGUCUUCACUGCGUGUUUGUGGUGGGGGCUGAUGAUUCUGCAGAUCCUGAAGGUUCUCAUCCUCUUGGUCAAGAAACACGACAAGCACAACAAACACAACGACUUGGUAGUGAGGGUAACGUUUGUCCUCAAGAUAAUACUGACACUUCGUGUAAAACUACCGGUGUUGAACUUAACACUUCUCCUGCUAAUUGUGGAGAUUUAGCUGAGAAGAAAGAUUGCACUACCAUUGUUCCGAAGACUGAAAGUACGUGCAGUAAAGCUUCUGAAGGUUCUGAUGAUGGUUCUCCUUGUCCUUUUGCUGGCUCACCACCACCACCACCUCCUACUGUUAAUCCUGACUCUGAUGAUACCUCUUGCAAGGAUGGUACUGGUGUUCCUACUAAAGGUCCCUGUCCUCCUAAUACGAAAAUUGCUGGAGGUGCUGGAGGUGCUGGAGGUGCUGAUAGUGGAACACUGCAAAGACCCCAAGGGCCUGCGCCUGGUGGUGAUGGUGAGAGAGAAAAACAGCGUCAGUUGGAAAGUCAGAGAGAGGCAAAUGAUGAUGCUGUUUCAGGUCCACCUGGUACUUCGCAUGGUAAAGGACAAGCGGCGAGUCAACCAGCGGUGAAGGCGCCAGACAAUAACCAGAGAGGGCAUGACAAUGUGAAUAGUGUCGAUCAGGACGUGAGAACUGAAGAAACAACACCAGUUCAAGUGAUCAGUGAAGGGGCUGAUCAGAAUAACGGAAAUCAACAGCCCGGAGGAAAUGGUUCA